AGUUAACCGCCACUGACACGAAGAGCUCGUCCUGACACACGAAAGGUCUAAAUGUAGAGAUUGCGUGUCUUGGCUGCUGCAGAGGUAUCUGGCAAGUUACACCGAUUUGAGCAUGAGAAAACCGGAUGUCAGCGACAGAGAAGAAGACGGUCAGGUUUAUACUUCUCCAAAUGCCACCGGACACCGAACACGGCCUCGGACCGGACGGACGGACAGCGGGACGGGGACGCACCGGGAACAUGGCGGCGGGAACAACGACCUGAUCGGUAUCGUAACGACGAUAAAUCAGAGGAACGACGCGGCUGACGGGAUCCCAGAAAGCUCACAAUGUCGUCCAAUUAGGCGAUGAGGGGAAACCUGAAGGCAGCAGUCUGUUUCUAAGCAGCAACAACAGCAACACAGCGUGCGGCACCACACACCAUGGGAUACAAGAUCCCCGGGGCGGCGAUGGACCGAGUGAGCCUACUGUGGCGUCUGAGGCGUCGGGCCCGCCGUGGAGUGCUCUGCAUGGCCUUCUUCUGCAUCUCCAUGGCUCUGCUCUACGCUAUCUGUGCUGAAAACAGCGUUCCCGUCACUGAUGCCAUCUUCGGGGUCCGGGCACGAACCCGGGCUCAGCCACGUACACACUCUGUCAUCAAGGUGCUGCGAGGCGGAGCCAAGCCCAUGUACAGUGACCCUCAGAAGCUCCCUGGGGUCGUCCCAGGUGACCCUCACCGUCCAAUCCCUGUCCUGUCCUCUCCAAACCACACCCAGGAAGCCGGGGACUCCUUGUCAAAGCGAAAGCAGAGAGAGCAGGAGCCCUCUGGGUUUUUGUCUCAUCUGCUUCCGCGCCCCUUCACACGUGCGCUGGAGUCCCUGUUCGGAGGCCGGCGGAGGGGGGAGCUGAGUGGAAGGCGGGGGGGCGCAGAGUUCUUUGGGCCUCACGGGCUUUUGGGAGAGGUGUGGGAUGACGAGAUGUCCAGCAGCAUGCUGGGAAGCAGACUGAGGAAAGUGGUGCAGAAUUAUCAGGCGAUGAAUAAGUAUGGAGUCGAGUUCUCCGGGCCUGGUGGUGUGUCCAGCAGGCCCAAGUUGAGUGGCCCCAAGCUUCUCUGCCAACUUAAGGACAAGGUAGAGGUCAUGACUCUGACCUCUGACCUCCAGCCCUUCUUGUCACUGCCCUGGGCCUCCCAGCUGCCACCGAAGCAGCUGACCUCUGACCUCGGACCGUACAAGAGCUGUGCGGUGGUGUCGUCAGCAGGGUCGCUCCGCAACUCUGGACUUGGCAAAGAGAUCGAUUCACAUGAUGCUGUGCUGCGUUUCAACGCCGCCCCCACCACCGGGUACGAGAAGGACGUUGGUUGUAAAACCACCAUUCGCCUCAUCAACUCACAGGUGAUGGCGUCCGAUGACCAUCGUUUCCUGUCCAGCUCUCUGUACAGCUCAGGUGCUCUGGUAGCCUGGGACCCCGCCCCCUUCUCUGCUAACCUCACUCAGAAGGCUAAAAACCACUAUGUGCCCCCCGCUCUGCAGUGGUACAACAAGACAGACUAUCCCAUCUUCACCCAGUACCAGAGAUACAGGAGGCUUCAUCCCAUGCAGCCGUUCUACAUCCUGCAUCCUCGCUUUGAGUGGCAGGUCUGGCAGCGAAUACAAGACAACAUGGCUGAGCCCAUCCAGAGGAACCCACCCUCAUCCGGCCUUCUCGGCACCAUCCUGAUGAUGUCGCUGUGCGAGGUGGUGCACGUUUACGAGUUCCUGCCGUCCCGGAGGAAGACAGAGCUCUGCCAUUAUUACCAGCGUUUCUUCGACGCCGCCUGCACGCUCGGCGCCUACCACCCUCUGCUGUACGAGAAGAACCUGGUGAAACGGAUGAACCAGGGGUCCGACCGCGACAUCUACACACAUGGACGUGUCACGCUGCCUGGGUUCAGCAAGCUGAACUGCACCCAGGCUGCUGGAGAUGGACCGAACCACUGACUGGAAAAUACAGAAGCAGUGAAGCAAAAAUGCACAUACACUCAACCCGAAGCGAGUCCUGCAUGAAGACACGUAACAAUGAGGACAGAUGCAUGAAAACUUCAUACUCACUGCCGUACCUAAAGCCACUCACUAUAAAUAUUAUAUGUUAUUAUUGUUAUAGACUGUAAACAAUGGAAAACACACAUUUCUUUUUCAUAGCACACCCACACACACUGAUAGAUGUGCCUGCUGUUCACGUAUACAUAUCCUUAUGAGGACAUUCCACUGAUAAGGUUUAUCCCCGAGCCCUUAAAGGACCAUACCACUGCUUUUUUAAAGGUUUUAGCCAGUUAUUAAAAAAUCAUGUACACUUGAUUACACUCAA